AUGUCUUUUGAGAACAACCAGAAGACUUUCUACGCCGAUGCCGUCCUCUUUGACAUGGACGGUACUCUCACAGACUCCAUCUCCGCCGUUGAGGCUGCAUGGGGCAAGGUCGCAAAGGACAUCGGGCAGGACCCGGCCUACGUGAUCGCUGCGACACACGGCAAACGCGCUGUGGACAACCUCGCGCAGUUCAAGCCCCACAUCAAGUCGCACGAGAUGGACGACGAGGUUCAGGCAUUCGAGGAGUCCAUCCUAUACUUCGCCGAUGCGUACAACAUGCACGGCCCUGGCUCUUGCCAGAACUCUCCUCUCGCGUCCCCUGCUGCCUCCGGCGCAACCACACCCGCCCUCACCCCUGGCGCGUCGAACCCCUCAUCGCGCAACUCAUCCCGAGCGUCGUCGUUCGCCGGCGGCCUCAGCAACCUCACCGCAUUCCGCCGUCGCCCAUCAUUCCUCCACCGUGUCAGCAGUCUGCUCGUGAUGUCUGGCACAGACCGCGCUCGUGUCGCAGAUGUGACGGUGGACGAGGACGAGGAGAGCAUGUUCGAGCAGGAGAAGGGGAAGGAGGAGAAGAUCCACCAGUUGGAGGCGUGGCAGCUGGAGGCGACCGCUGUCGACCGCUCUGUCCGCAUCCUCCCUGGUGUGAAGAGGAUGAUCUCGUCCAUCCCUGAGGGACGGUAUGCUGUUGCUACUUCAGGUGCUAAGACAUAUGCGUACGGUUGCAUGACCCGUGUCGGCAUCACCCCACCCCCCGUCACCAUCACUGCCGAUGACAAGCGCCUCAAGGCCGGCAAGCCCGCCCCCGACCCCUUCCUCCUCGCCGCCAAGUGCCUCGGCUACGACGCGAAGAAAUGCGUCGUCUUUGAGGACUCGCCCUCGGGCAUCAAGGCUGGCGUUGCCUCCGGUGCGACAGUCAUCGCCGUCUGCACGUCACACGAGCGUUCGAAGAUCGAGAACUGCGGCGCGCACUAUCUUGUCGAGAACAUGGAGCGGAUCAAGUGCGAGCCGGUCACCGUUGACGGCCAGCUCAAGCUCAGGUUCACCGUCUCCGAGUGA